CUCUCGCGUGCGUGGUGGUGGGCCCUCUCCUCCUCCUCCUCCUCCUCCUCCCCCUUGUCUUGCGUUACCCGCAACCGGAAGCAGAUCAAACCCUAGACUAGAUCUCGUCUCGCCGCCCCGAUCCCAUCCCAUCCCAUCCGAUCCGACCCUCAUGGAUUCCUCCUCCUCGUCGUCGUCCAGCCUGAGUCAGCAGCCCGAGUUCGACUACCUCUUCAAGCUGCUGCUCAUCGGCGACUCCGGCGUCGGCAAGAGCAGCCUACUCCUCCGCUUCACCGCCGACUCCUUCGAGGACCUCUCCCCCACCAUAGGUGUUGACUUCAAGGUGAAGAUGGUUAACAUUGGUGGCAAGAAACUCAAGCUUGCCAUCUGGGACACAGCUGGACAGGAGAGAUUUAGGACCUUGACCAGCUCAUACUACAGAGGGGCACAGGGAAUCAUUAUGGUGUAUGAUGUCACUCGACGAGAAACGUUUACCAAUCUUUCUGAUAUAUGGGCAAAGGAAAUUGACCUAUAUUCAACCAACCAGGAUUGUAUAAAGAUGCUUGUUGGAAACAAAGUAGACAAGGAAAGUGAGAGGGCUGUCACAAAAAAGGAGGGAAUUGAAUUUGCUAGGGAAUACGGAUGUUUAUUUCUAGAAUGCAGUGCGAAAACCAAAGUAAAUGUAGAACAGUGCUUUGAGGAACUCGUCCUAAAGAUAUUGGACACGCCAAGCCUCCUGGCUGAUGCUUCGUCGGGGGCCAAGAAGAACAUUUUCAAACAGAAACCUCCGGAAGCUGACGCCGCUGCAAGCAGCUGCUGUUAACUUGGUGCUAAUCCCGUGGAUGAUGAUAUCUUUGUUUUGUUGCAUAAAGUGAUAAGCUUUGUUGUGUUUGGUUUGUUUUGCUUUUGGUGGUGUAUAUUGCCAUGCUAAAAUUAGACCCACACAGACACACAACAUUACGUUGGCAGCAGAUAUAUGAUGUAUUAAGUUGUUAAAUCUACCUGACAAUAUGAAUUCAUUUUGGCCUUGAGCUA